UAUUAAACAAAGGUGUUCGUUGCACAACAGCUGAAAAACAAAGGAUGAUCAAUCAAUCCAAAGAUCGAGUGAGUGCUCACGAUUGUCACAGUGCUGUUCAAAAAUGAUAACGAUUGAUCAAUUCAGAGGAGAAUAAAAACACAACCAUUAGCAAUACUAGUCAAUAACAACAUCCAGAAUGAAUGUAAUUCUCAGUGUACUCUUAAUUUCUGCAACUGUUUCUUCCACUUAUCAAGAAACAAUCAAAGAAGAAUACACAAGGAAGCUACGUAAUGGCGAUUUUCAAAUUCUUCGUGCUUGGAAUGAAACACAUCUUCAAGAACUCACAGAUGAUGGGGGUGAGAUAAUAGCUGUCAUUGAUGAGUUUGGCGAUAAAAUAAUUUCACAUAUACAGAAACUUAUUAUGCGAAAUGGUCUGGAUCCUGUGGAGCUACCAUGUGAAUCUUUGAAAUUGAUACCAUGGGGGAAUAUGGCAUUAUCUGAUGGUUGGUUACAAAAUUUAUCAACAUUAUCAAGAAACACCGAUAUAAAAGUCAUAUAUCGAUCUUCUAGGAGGUCAUUAGAGUUACAAGUACCAGUUAAAUUUGACGCCCUGAAGUUUACUUAUGAUUACAAUACACAUGUUUUUCCGCUAUCUAUAUCGGGUGGAGUAGAAGGACAACUGAAUGAUGUGAAAAUCAAUAUUAUUCUUAGUUUCGAUUUCAAAGGAUUCAAGGCCCAUCUGGACGAUUUCGACAUCAGGAAUUCGGGGAGUAUUUCUAUUCGAUUUACUGGCCACGGUUUGAUUGAUUGGAUCACAAAUGCAAUGACCUCAGUAUUGACUCUGUUUCUGAAACCCGUCAUUCUGAAUAUUGUCGAUUGGUUGUUGAAGGAUUCCUUGGAUUCUAUAGUAGACUUUGUCAACAAAGCAAUAGAAUGCGCCAGGCAUUCAAAUCAGUGUUGACCUUAAUCAAACUAUAAAAACUAUUGUUUAUUUUAUUUCAAUACGAUGUCAUUAUUCAAUAAACAACUAUUUAUAUUGUU